UAGUCCUUCGGCCUCUAAAAAAGCAGAAAGCACAAGCAGCGGCGAUCCGGCACUUUCCAAGUCCAAUUUCUAAAGGAGCACAAAACACGACCAGUUGCAAUCGUGUGUUCCUGCAAAAACUCAGUGACGAGUCACUCCAGAUUCACAAUGGGUGUUUUCGUAGAGAGACCAACAGUGUGGGUCUCAAACAUUCCCCAAUCCAUCAUAGCCGAGGACCUCCUCCAAUACCUCGAGAGCCGACUCGGUCAAGACUCAGUCUUCGCUAUUGAGAUACAGACUGAACGGAAAAACUGGAAGUCCCGCGGCGUUGGUCGUGUGCAAUUCACUUCCUUGGAUUUUAAAACCAAAGCUCUAAACCUCUCUCUCGAUCAAGCCCUAGUCUUUAAGUCUCAUUGUCUGGAAAUCUCUGAAACUUAUGCUGAUAUCAUUGCCAGGCCCAUCAAGGACCGAUUCAGAGUUGAGGAUAGUAUUUUGCAUGUGGGGUUUAUGAGAAAAGAGGAGAGGUUGUGUGUGUUGGAGAGUUGGGAAGGUGUGAGAGGGUGGCUGAUGCCCGAGAGAAGCAUGGUGGAGUUUUGGAUAUGGCAGAAGGAUGAGCAAGAGUGCGACGAAUGUUGUUAUAAGUUGGAGAUUUCGUUUGAAGAUAUUUUGGAGACUGUUGGGUGUCGUUUGGAUGGGGAAGUUAAUGGGAUUCUUCUCCAGCUAAAGUAUGGGCCAAAGAUCUAUCAAAAAAUUUCUGGACCUAAGAUAGCAACAAAAUUCCGUAGGGACCGAUAUCACAUGUGCAAGGAAGAUUUUGACUUUCUCUGGGUUCGCACAACAGACUUCUCUGUUGUGAAGUCAAUUGGACAAUCAACUUCAUUUUGCUGGGAAAUUGAAGAUGACUUAUUGAUGUCAGAUCUUUUCUCAAGUUUUCCGUACUUUAAGGAAGACAAAAAACAGCUAAUUUUGGAGGAUGGAGAAGAGUUCUGUUCAACUUCUGAAACAGUUCCGCUUGUAAAAUGCGGACCAGUUUCUAAUAUAGCAUAUGAAGUCCUUUUCCAGCUCAAUUCACUUGUUCAUACUCAUAAAAUUAGUCUUGCUGCAGCAGAUGAUAAAUUGAUUGAGAUCCUUAGUGGUUUAACCAUGGAGAAUGCAUUAAUGAUUCUACAGAAGUUGCAGAAGUUGAAGUCAACUUGCUAUGAUCCUGUUUCUUUCAUAAAAAUCCAAUUACACAUCUUAGGGAGAAAUUGUAAGAGCGUUCUCUUGUCAUCUGACAAAAGGUUGAUAGAUCGUAACAUAAUGAGCUGUUAUAGGGCCUUAGUUACUCCAUUGAAAGUUUAUUGUUUGGGUCCUGAGCUUGAACAUUCUAAUUAUGUUGUAAAGAACUUUGCAGAAUAUGCCUCAGAUUUUAUGAGAGUUACUUUCGUUGAAGAAGAUUGGAGUAAGCUUCCUGUGAAUGCUCUUUCGACAAGCAUUGAACAAGGUAUAUUCGCCAAACCUUACAGAACUAAAAUAUACUAUAGAAUAUUGUCUAUUCUUCGAGAUGGGAUUUUGAUCGGAGAUAAAAGAUACGAGUUUCUGGCUUUCUCAGCUAGUCAGUUACGAUCAAAUUCUGUUUGGUUGUUUGCUUCUAAUGACAAGGUGAAAGCAGAAGAUAUCAGAGAAUGGAUGGGAUGCUUCAACAAGAUACGAAGUGUGUCAAAAUGUGCAGCAAGGAUGGGUCAGUUGUUCAGUGCUUCUAUGCAAACUCUGUGUGUUCCUGCACAAGACAUAGAAAUCAUUCCUGAUAUUGAAACUGCUUCUGAUGGCAUUAGCUACUGCUUCUCAGAUGGUAUUGGGAAAAUUUCUCAAUCUUUUUCUAGGUCAGUGGCUCAGACAUGUGGACUGAGGGAGACUCCUUCAGCAUUUCAAAUUCGAUAUGGUGGCUACAAAGGUGUGAUUGCUGUUGAUUGUAAAUCCUACCGGAAGCUGUCUUUGCGUAGUAGUAUGCUUAAGUUUGAAUCAAAUAACAGGAUGCUUAAUAUCACCAAAUGGAGUGACUCUAUGCCUUGCUUUCUGAAUCGAGAGAUUAUUAUCCUCUUGUCUACCUUGGGAAUUAAGGAUGAAGUACUUGAAGCAAUGCAACAAGAACAAUUGCAUCUGCUAGGCAAAAUGUUGACAAAUAGAGAAGCAGCUUUGGAUGUCUUACAGAAGUUGAGUGUGGCUAACUCCAAAAGUAUUCUGGCAAAGAUGUUGCUUCAAGGUUAUGAACCUAAUAUUGAGCCAUACCUCUCAAUGAUGCUUCAAGCACAUCAUGAGAAUCAGUUGUCUGAGUUAAAAAGCAGAUGCAGAAUCUAUGUUCCAAAGGGUCGGCUCUUGAUUGGUUGCUUGGAUGAGACUGGUUUAUUAAAUUAUGGCCAAGUUUAUAUCCGCAUUACCAUGACAAAAGCAGAGCUAGUAGGCAAGGAUCAAAGUUUCUUCCGCAAGGUGGAUGAGAAAACAUCCAUAGUUUUAGGGAAGGUGCUUGUCACCAAAAAUCCUUGUCUUCACCCUGGAGAUAUCAGAGUACUUGAGGCUGUCUAUGAAGUCAACCUUGAGGAGAAUGGUCUGGUGGAUUGCAUUCUCUUCCCUCAGAAAGGAGAAAGGCCCCAUCCAAAUGAAUGCUCUGGUGGAGAUCUCGACGGAGAUAUCUUUUUCAUAAGCUGGGAUAAAGAUCUCAUCCCUUGUGAAACUCAUCCUCCUAUGGAUUACAUUGGAGGGAGAUCACGAGUAUUGGAUCAUGAUGUGACCUUAGAGGAAAUUCAAAAAUUUUUUGUUGAUUACAUGAUCAAUGAUACUUUAGGUGCCAUCUCUACUGCUCAUUUAGUUCAGGCUGAUCGUGAUCCAAUGAAGGCCCGGAGUGCAAAAUGCCUACAGUUGGCAACACUUCACUCGAUGGCUGUUGACUUUGCAAAGACUGGGUUGCCGGCAGAGAUGCCUGUGGCUCUGAAACCAAGGGAAUUCCCAGAUUUCAUGGAAAGGGUAGACAAACCCAUGUACAUUUCUUCUGGGGUACUUGGAAAACUCUACCGUGCCACCCUUAACUCAAUGAACCAAAUGACAACCAACCACUCCAUUUGGUCAGAGAAGAUAGCUGAAGCGAGCUAUGACAAUGAUCUUGAAGUGGAUGGUUUCGAAGCCUUCCUUGGAACUGCAGAAAUUCACAGAGAAAUGUAUGAGGAGGAGAUGACCAAGCUGAUGAACUUCUAUGGUACGAAGACCGAGGACGAGCUACUGACAGGUAAUAUACGAAACAAACCAGGGUAUUUGCAACGCGAUAACAGGAGAUACGGAGACAUGAAAGAUCGGAUCUUGCUGUCCGUGAAGACUGUUCAGAGAGAAGCUAAAGAAUGGUUCGAAAGUAGCUGCAAGGCAGAUGAACAUCAAAAGUUAGCCUCAGCAUGGUACCAUGUAACUUACCACCCAACUUAUUGCCGGGAAGGCAUAAAUUUCCUGAGUUUUCCAUGGGUUGUGAGCGAUAUUCUACUCUACAUUAAGUCUGUAAAUUGCAGAGAAGUUAGUGAACUAAGCUAACAAUCUGUUUAGCAGAUCUUAGGAUGUAUUUUUCGUGAACAUGAUACAAGAUAAAACCAUGUCAAUUUCUCA